AUGGUGCAAACGAUUUUCGAAACCUGGCUGCAAGAACAUGAUGCGAGAUUUACCCGUGAGGGCAUGAAAGUCGUCUUUAUUGUAGACAACUGCCCCACCCAUGGUGAAGUGGAUGGGCUUGAGUCCAUCUGCCUCGGGUUCCUGCCACCGAACGCAACUGCAGUAAUCCAGCCAACGGACCACGGUGUUAUUCAGAACCUGAAAAUGUACUACCGCCGCCAUUUAAUCCGCCGAAUGAUUGUUUGUGCAGACAGUAAGAAAAGCUAUAGUGUGAUUUUGCUUUCGGCACUUCACAUGUUGACCUAUGCCUGGGACCAAGUUAAAGUGUCGACCGUGCAAAGAUGCUUUCACCACGCAGGUUUCGCAAGACAAGAAGUCAUUCCCGACAAAGAAGGGGAUACUGCUGAUGCUGACACCCUUUUUGGUCAGCUGGUCUCUUCCACUUCCUUCAGGCAACAUGAUUAUGAAACAUUAGAUGCAAAUGUCGCCACAUGCCGUGAAGAGAGCAUUAAAGAGAUGGUAGCUGAAGUUCAAGGUGAGGAGACCUCGAGCUCCAGUGAAGAGGACGUGGAAUGCAGUGACCCCAGUCCUGCUGCAGUGCCAGACUGCACAGCGAAGGAGGCUGUUGCUCUCUUGCAGCGCUACUUAGGGUCUGAAGGCUGUGCGGAAUUUCUGCGUAACCUCCAAGGCAUGCACACCUACUUCGUCAAAAGACGAUUACAAAAUGCAAAACAAACUACCAUUAAAUCUUUUUUCUAG